GUUUUUACUUAAAAAUGUCUUUAUUAUCGAAUUUUGUUUCAACAUCGUUUAAUAAUAUUAAUAAAGCGCUUGUGACACCGUCCACAGUUUUCAUAGAUUUUUGUCGUUUUGCUUCAAAAAAGUCAGGAACGUCGACUCAAAAUGCUGGAAAUUCAAAACCAAAGCAUAGAGGUUGGCUGAAACAGGAUGGUCAUAUCGUUCGAACUGGAACUAUUUUAGUUAAACAGCGUACUACACGAUUUCAUCCUGGACUUAAUGUUGGAUUUGGAAGAAAUGGAAACUUGUAUGCGCUUCAUCCAGGGAAAGUUAUAAUAACAUGUGAAAAAGCAAAUCUGAACUGGGAACACAAAUGGGUUAGAAGAAAUUAUCGAGGGCGACAAGAUCAAACUAUAUAUAAAAAGUACUACAAUGUUAUACCCGAACCCGAACACAAUCGCUUUAAAUUGAUUGAUAAAGUUUAAGAAAUGAAUUUCUUUGUACUAUAUAGUUUAUUGUAUUU